UGCAUAGGUAACCUCUUUGGUUGUUCGCUACAAGCGGGAUCAACUGCUCGCGUUCGUGGAGAUCCACGCGGGACAAUUUAGUACUCUGUGGGCACCCGUACGAAGCAUGUCCCAGCAAAUGCCCGCCAUGAACAGAAAGAACCUGCAGAAGCUGGCAGAGGCGCUGUGCAGAGGCAUCAAACACUUCACUAAGAAUGAAGUAGAAAGUCUCAUAAGGCUUUAUUAUACAAUAGUGGGGCGCCCGAUUGAUCCGAACACCAGAGGGGGCAUCGACCGGAAUACGUUCCGAAACAUCCUGCACAACACGUUCGAAAUGACGGAUGAUAUGAUCAUGGACAGAGUUUUCCGAGGAUUUGACAAGGACAACGAUAGUUACGUUAAUGUAACAGAAUGGAUAGAGGGUUUAUCUGUAUUUCUUCGAGGGACAUUAGAUGAAAAAAUAAAAUACUGUUUUGCAGUUUAUGACCUGAACGGUGAUGGGUAUAUCUCCAGAGAAGAGAUGUUCCACAUGUUAAAGAACAGCCUUCUCAAACAACCAUCUGAAGAAGAUCCAGACGAAGGCAUUAAGGACUUGGUUGAGAUAACACUAAAAAAGAUGGAUUACGACCAUGACAGCAAGCUCUCCUAUAGUGACUUUGAUAAAGCUGUCAGAGAUGAAAAUUUACUCCUGGAAGCAUUUGGACCGUGUCUGCCUGAUAGUAAGAACAUUAUGGCUUUUGAAAGACAAGCUUUUCAUGAAGCUACUGAGUUAUAGGAAUGGACCUAAAGAACUCUGUGGCGAGGCUGAUGCUUUUCACUUCUUGAUAUGCGUAAGAAGUUCCUUAAAGCCUUGCUAUAGAAUAUCCAACAUUUCAUGAAAUAAGGUCGUGGUAAUCAGAAAAAAGGAAAACAUUUAAAAUGCUCAGUAUUCAUGGUAUUCUUGUUGCAUUUUGUAAAUACACACAACAUACAUUAAAUGGUGCCAGUUAAA